UACUCCCUCGAUUCAAGAAUACAGCUUUUUAGAAUCGAGAGAAAUUAUGAGGGAGUAGAAAAGUGAGUUAGCUUAGUGGGGAGUAAAAUUUUCUCUCGAUUCAAGAAUAAGCGCACAGAUUUCAGUCAGAUAUGUAUUCUUUGGUCAGCAUCACUCAGCAUUCGGUAAGACAUUUUAGUGACAGUGACAGGUAAUAAAACUAACAGACAAACACAUUAGCAGACGCAGACAGCAGACAGUCGAGACAGUCCCAGAUAAGGAGACAAAACGGGGACUAUUUAUGUAGUGUUUUAUAAUAAACUGUGCGAUUUUAAAUCAGUUCAAAACCGAAAUGAUGUGAUACGUUAAGUUUGCGCUUUAAAACUUUAUGUUACCCAAAAGAAGCAUGGGAUACAUGAGGAUAUACAAAUGGCCUGCCAUCAACAAGCAGUUUUUCAUAGCUCUAUUAAUGGGCCUAAUCUGCGGAUGGCUCAUAGCAUACACAGGCGUCUCCCAUCAAAUCAUAGCUUUAACAGAUCCUCACACAAGCAACGACAUGGAAAACAUGUACGGGCCAACUGUAGAUCCAGGAGACCAUGCUGAGAAUGAAGAAUUCCACAACAUGGAAGAUCCGACAGUAGCCAACAAAUUGUACAGUAACGUUAGGAUUUUGUGUUGGAUCAUGACUGGACCGAAAAAUCAUGAGAAAAGGGCCAAACACGUGAAGAACACGUGGGGGAAACGGUGUAAUGUUUUGUUAUUUAUGAGUUCGAAAGAAGAUAAUUCACUGCCUUCGGUAGCACUUCCGGUGAAGGAAGGUCGCGAUAAUCUUUGGUUGAAAACCAAAGAAGCGUUCAAGUAUGUCUACAAACAUUACUAUGAUUCGGCAGAUUGGUUUUUAAAGGCUGAUGACGAUACGUAUGUGAUACUAGAAAAUUUAAGGUAUAUGCUACUACCCAACAAACCCACCGAACCAAUAUACUUUGGUUGUAGAUUUAAGCCCUUCGUGAAGCAGGGUUAUAUGAGCGGGGGUGCGGGGUACGUGUUAAGCAAAGAAGCGCUUAAGCGAUUCAUUGAGGUUGGACUGACGAACUCAACGGGUUGUUCCCACGCCAACGGCGGGUCCGAGGACGUGGAAAUGGGGAAAUGUAUGGAGGCUGUCAACGUGAAGGCUGGUGACUCACGUGACUCCUUAGGUAGAGGUAGAUUCUUUCCGUUUGUACCGGAACAUCACUUAAUUCCAGGACACGUAUCGAAGAGUUUCUGGUACUGGGAUUACAUAUAUUAUGAAGCUAAACAGGGUAUGGACUGUUGCUCAGAUAACGCAGUAUCCUUCCACUACGUCAGCCCGAACCAAAUGUACGUACUGGAGUACUUAGUAUACCACUUAAGGCCGUACGGGAUAUCCUUCCACGUAGAGAUGCCACCAGAGCUAACUGAGAAACCAUCAGUCGCAGACGAAUCAUCAAGCGCGACAACGUAAUACCAAUACCAACUCACGAGUACCGGUACUAAUUGUCUAUAUCUGCAGGACACAGGCUGUUGUUUUUUCUGUAAAUCGAAAGGUUUUAACGGAUUAAAAGUAUAUAUAAUGUGGAGCUUGAAACAAUAGCCGCUAACUGAUCAAAGAGCUUAAAGUAACGUGUACUGCGGACCAUAACUCUUUUUCAUUUCUUUUUUGUCCGAGAGUGGAGAUAUUGGUUUACCUGUUGGAACACGUGCUUGAUUUAAGACUGAGGUUGAGAGUGAAUGGGGCCAUCAGAAAUCUUUCAGGUUUUCUUUUAUCGUACAGAAUAUCAAGAAACUUACGGUGGACGAUUUGAAAUAAAGAUUUGCUAUCUAGCUGUUCAGUAUACUUAUGUCUUUAAAUUUUUCGGAUAUUAUUCUUUCUUUGCUUAUCAACUUUCUCACAACUUUCAUCACAAUUACCGACCAAUCGAUUCUUAUGUUAAGAUUCGUUAUUUAAAAUUAAGUAUUUAUUUUUAGCUUAAACAUUUUAGCACAUAAUGGAUAGAAAUGAAAAAGUUUAUGUUGAGCAGUAUAUAAAUAAUGAAAACUAAAAAUUCCUUAUAUUUCAUGUAUUAUUACUGUGUAUAUACUUAAUUUUUUCUGUCUGGUACGAUUUUCACAAUUUCCGAUGAACUAAUACACGAUGAAGCUUGACAACAAUGCGGUAAUCUAACGCUAUAGUGUACAUGUAAUAAUUACAUUAUUGUAAAAAUUAUUGUAACGCCUGUUAAGUUGGUUAACGGCCUAGCAAGUAUAAAACAUAUGUAAAUAUAUUAAAAAAGAAACCGCAUCUCGAUAAAAACUCGCUUAUCGAAAAAAUAUUAAGAGGCAAAAAAGUUUUAAAAACGUUGUGUUUAACUAAAGGUACCACAAUAAUGAAUUAAUUGGAACGUACACAAAAGUUUGGGGGGUUUAAGGGAUCAAAACCCCCAUAAAAUUUUUAUGGGGUGGACAAAUCUCACUAUAAUUUUGUUUUAAGAUGAUCCUGCCAUAAGAAUGAUACAUGUCCAUUUUCAAUAAAAAAUCUCGGAUAGUUGUCGGUAUAUUGAAAAAAAUCGAUUUUCAUUUUGUAACUUCAAAGGACUAUAACUUUUUUUGAGCACAUUUGUACUAAGGUAAGUUAGGUUCAAUCGAACUAUUUUUGUCUCCAGAAUGUGUGGUAUAAUUUAUGACCAAUCUUUUCGGGACACCCUGUAUAUCCGCCAUCCUGAGUGUCUGAUUUUCGAUCAAGUUAUUUUAUACAACAUAUAUUUUUCCUUAAGGCUACGCCCAGACAAGCGACAAUUUACGGCGCUGUAAGAGCAGUAAAAUGAAGCGCGAAAAAUGGGUCCCACAGUGAGUGUAGUGGAUGGCCAGACUGAGCUGUAAAUCCUGGUCUGGCCAAUCCACUACACUCACCGUGGGACCCAUUUUUCGCGCUUCAUUUUACUGCUCUUACAGCGAUGUAAAUUGUCGCUUGUCUGGCCGUAGCCUAACGGUCACAUGCGUGAAACAAAUCCGGACAGAAAAACUUAAGUGUUAUAAUAUCUAGCCCAUAAACGAGUAAAAGAACAAAAAUUGCAUGUCUAUUUUUGUGAAAUUUCCGAUGAAUUAAUUUAUAGCAUUGCUCAGUUAUUUAAACAUAUUCGAAUUUAAAAACAAAUUUGAUAUUCGGAUCAUUCAAUCAACUCACUGAAAUGAACUAAAUCGUACUUGCCCAUCUCUAUUUCCAAACGAUUGUAGGUGUUGGAAAUAGAGAUGGGUGCGCAAGACUAAACUGAUUCAUUGAGUGAUCCGAACCUUAAAAGUUGUUUUAAACGCCCGAAAGAACAAUUUACAGCCAUAGUUGUGCUUCGAAAUUUCAUUAUGUAUGGAAAAAUAAAACUUGAGAGGAAUGAUCCUGAAGUAUCUGUGCUUUUGCGAAUCUACAUAUUACAUAGCCGGAAAAAAGCACUGACGAUACAUAGUUUUUAACAUAUCUAACUGAACAUCUAACACAGAGUCUAUAUUUAUUUAAAAGGUGUUUUUUAAAGCCCUAUUUUGUGUUGUAAAGCCCAGUUAGACCAUUUGAACUCGUUUGUAUCUGAAGUUUUUAGAUAAUUGCUCCUCUUAUCACAUAAAGAUGUAGUACAGCCUUUGGGUACAGGACAUCCUAACUUUUGAACUCUGUGUUCUUGUUUUGGAUUGUUUGGUACCCUCUCCAUCACAAAACUAACAUGAAGUUACUUCUAGUUAUUUCAAUGGUGUGGCAAGUUUGACUCAUAACUCUAGCCAUGAGUUAUUAGUCUAUUCCACAUUCUGCAUUGGUACAAGCUUGUUGUGCAGUGUUUGAAGUGUUUUCCGCCAAAAUUUGAACUUAACGUUACGUGUAGUUUGUACCUGUCUCGGUGAUGGGACUCAGCUCUAUAUGUUGUACAGCUGGUUCCAAAAAAACUGAUACGACUCUUAAAGCGUAUUUUGUAGAAAAUUGAGCAGUGUAUUUUGAAGGAUAAAUACAGUGGAACUCCGAUAAGUCGGCCCCCGAUAACCCGGAAGUCCGGCUAACCCGGACCGAUUUUCAUCAGAUAAACAUUUUGAUUUUCAAAAUUUUGUAUUUUUCAAUUUAAUUGUGGCUUAUUUCCCAUCAAAAUAGUUAAUUAUCAGACAAACCUCUCAACAAUAAAAAUGUAUGUAAUAUAAUAUUUGAGAGAUAAUGUGUAUGUGUGUAAUUUGAACUAUACGAUAUUAAAAAUGAUUCGUGGCACAAACCGGCAGAAACAACAGGCACCUGUCUGUAGUACCUAUUCCUUUUUAUUUCAAACUGUCUUAGCAUUGUUUAGGACAGACUAUUUAAAAAAUUCUUUUAUAAACAAUGGUCUUUAGUUUUCACUGUUCUUAAAUAACAUUACAUCGUUUUGUGACUGUAUUGUGUGUCUUGUAUUGUUCGCUUCCGUUUGCUUACGUUUGUGUUUGGUGUUUUUUUUUUUUAGUAAUUUUAAUGAGUAGGUACUGUGCAUAUUUAUAAAUAUAUUUCAUGUUAUUUCAAUUCUAACGGAGUUUAUCUGUACGUAUACCGUAUUUUAUUAAUUUUUACCAUAUUCUCCGGCUAACCCGGAUCGGCCGCGGUCCCGAUUAAUCCGAGUUAUCGAGGUUCCACUGUACUUAUAUUAUUAUUUACAUACUGUCACUGCCAAAUCUUAAAAUUUGUCGGAUAACUUAUUCUGUUAAAUGGCUCCACAUGCUGGCAAAGAACUAAAAUCAAGAAUUGUAUCGAAAUUAGAAGAUGGUUGGUCACUAUCUGCCGUAGCGAACCAUUUUACCGUAAGUAGAACAACCGUUUUUAAUAUUAAUAAAAGAUGGAGAGAACAAGAAACUCUCGAAAGAAAGCAAGGUUUGGGAAGAGCUCUCCGAAGAAGACAAUCUCAUAUUUCCUUUCACGCAGAUGGACCGAAGAUUACAAGCUGUUAUCACUGCUGAUGGAGAUAUUACAAAAUAUUAAUUUUAUUUUUACAUACCUAAAUUUAGUAUAGUUUUGGCCUUCCAGACCCUCGCUUUCUUUCGAGAGUUUCUUGUUCCCUCCAUUUUUUAUUAAUAGAAAAACUGUGCUUCUGCUUAUAGAGGGAGAGUUAGAGCCGAAAAAUCAUCGUCAUAAGUAAUAUGGAGUUUAGCAUGUGAAAUGUGUCUAUUGUAUAUUGAUAAUUAUGACCCCUUUCAGGCUGACACCUCAGUGGAUACAGGAAGUAGCAAUAAGGGAUGAAAGGGGAAAGUUAGCGCAGUGAUUAAAGGUUAUCACCUCCUAUUUUGUUAAACCUCCAUCGAUUUGCAUCUUCUUCUUCUUGACUGGCUUUACAACUCGGGGUGAGUCUUCGCCGCAUCCACUAUGGCCCUCCAUCGUCUGCGAUCUUGCACUUCGAUUUGCCAUUGUUGUACCCCAAUCCUAGAUAGAUCGGUUUCAACAUCAUCCUUCCAUCUUUUUCUGGGACGGCCCACUGAUCUUCUACCGUCUGGUCUCUCGAAGAACACUGUCUUUAGCACUCUGUCUUCCUCUGAUCUUACUACAUGACCUGCCCAUCUUAUCCGAUUAGCUUUUAUAUGUCUGACGAUGUUUUCAGUACCAUAUAGAGUCACCAAUUCAGCAUUGCGGCGCCUUCUCCACUCUCCUGUAAAUUCAUCUCUUUGAGGACCAAAUAUCAUUCUGAGGACUUUCCUUUCAAAUAUCAGCAAUUUAUUUAUUUCUCGCUGAUGUAGAGUCCAUGUUUCACUCCCAUAUGUAACAACUGGGCGAAUAAUUGACAUGUACAGUCUUAAUUUGAUCGUCGAUUUGCAUGAAAAUUGGUAACUAGUUAGAGCAUACCUUAAGAAACAAAACCGAUUUGGUGCCAACUUGCGCUUUUACUCUGGGGGUGGAUGCCACCCCUUAUCGGGGGUAAAAACUAUUUUAUUAAAAAUAGCCACACUAAUCGAUAGAGGGACAAAUUUUAAGCAAAAUUUGUUAUAUCAAAUUAUUAAGGAUCAAAAAUUUGAAUUUUUCUUGAAACAAACGCGAUUUUUCAUAAAUAAUUCAAAAACUGUAAGUUUUAACAAAAUAGUUAUGAUUACCAAAAUUGAAGGUAAUAAAAAAUCGAAUAGAUUCUUUACGUGAAAGCCCUUUUAGAAUUAAUUAAAAGUGAGUUAUAGUUGAUUGAAUAUAUAUUUUUUUCAGCUAGUACUCAAAUCUAAGUAUUCAAGCUUAAAUAACGGGAAAACGAUGCAUUUUGUAAAAUAUACUUACUAAACACUUUUGUCAAAGUACUCAAGAAUACCUAUCAAGUGAGCUCCAGAUGAAGUUGAUAACAUCAAAGCUAAGCAAGUGAUGAUGAAAAUAAGCGAACCCUUUCGAAAAGAAGCGAACCCUUUCGAAAAAGUGAAAAUUAAAACAUACGCUAUAUUAAUUAACAGAAUAAUUUCAAAGGAAUUUCGGGAAUGAAGUUAGGAUUAUAAUUUAAUAAUUAAAUUAUCAAGUUCGUUUUAUUACAAUUCAAAUAUAACAAGCUAAAAUUGCGAGCAUUAUUAUAACGAAAACUUUAUUUAUGUAUUUAAAUUACUAAUAUGGAAAAUUACUAUCAUAUGCAAUUAUAUCCUUAUAUUUAAAUAUUGUGAGCUAUAAAGGUACUUUACUGUGCCAUUUAACCUUCCGAUGACCAACCUUUUUUUGUUACACGGAUGACCAACGGGUAAAAAAAUUACCCCAGUCAAAAAUGACAAUUGACAAAAAAAUUAAGUUGUUUUAAGAAAUAAAAUAAUGUAUUCUAAUUUUAAUGUUAGUAUUGUAUCAAAAAUGAUAUAUAAACAUUAGUAAAACAUAUUUUAAGUGCAACUGCACAAAACUAGGAAUCAUCAUUCUGAACAUAUAACUAAUUUUUUUUUAAAUAUACACUAAUUUACGUCACCACAGGCUUAACAAACAUUUUUUUAAGAUUGGAAUGUUUCUUACAAACAAUUCCACGUAAUAGACGGUAUUUACUUAAUAUAAAAUUGCAACAUGGAAGGCCAAGGGAGUUCGUCUUUGACCCCAAAUUCAGAAAAUAUUUUUUUUUCGUAAAAUAUAGGGAAGUUUUUUAUUACAAAAUAUGAGGGUAUCUAGAAUGAUAUUAAAGUCAAAUAAAAAAAUAAUGAGUUUAAAAUUGAAAAUAUUUCUAAAUUUAUUGAAUAAAAACAUACAUAUUGGGGUCCAAAUUUACAUCCCUUGGGCCCCUUGGUCAUCCGAAGGUUAACAUUACUUAGGUUAACAUUAUUAAUAAUAUUUAUUUAUUUGAUAUUUCAAUUCUUUUGCCGUUUAUGUGUCAAACGAAACAAAGACUUACAUCUCGGGAUAGCAAUUUAGGUCUUGAUCACUAGCAUUUUUAGCCGAUGUCAGUCGAAUCACGCGCUAGUUUGAAAUAAUAUGAAAUUUUCAUUUACGUUUUUCCGAACAUUAGGUUUAAUGCAUUUUAGCAGUGUCUCUAUUGUAGAAUUAUCUCGUUAUCUAAAAUUGCUAAAGGAUCCUAAAUUGCUGUCCCGGGAUGCAACUUGUCGUUGAGGUCGGUUAUCUCGAAGAUGGUUUGAGAUAUCGAAAUGCCGUUUUUAGAUUUGCAUUCAGGAAACAAAACUACAUUGAUAUCGGUAGAUAAGCUCUAGAUAUUGCAGGGGCGGCAACGCACGAAUGAACGAACGGACUUUGCGAAUUUAUAAACGAAAACAAAAUUUUCGUUGAAAAUAUUUAUUUUUCACUUUCGCUGUCAUAUUCACUAAAAUCGCUAUCAUACUUAUUUUCAUUACUCUCGCUAUUAUGAAUCUCAUCAUCAGCUUGCUGAUCAUCCAUCUCGUCGUCUGUUUCAUUCUCAAAAAUAAUAUCUCUAACAAUAUCUGGCAUUUGGGACCCUUCAAACCAUUUGAAUUUAUAUGUGUUAUCUUCAGCAAGUUCCCAACCAUUUUGUUCAAUAACCAGCUCUGUUGGAUUUUUGAAGAUAUUCUUCUUUAGCGGCGAAUCGAUUAAGGGUAAAAUUGUACAUUUACCGCGCGCCUGCGCACACUGACAGUAUGUAGUUCUGACAGUACCUAUGUAGUUCAUUGCUAAUCUUACAAGAUAGGUAUGUAUAUAUCUGUAACCGUGCAAAUAAGUCAUUAAAAGAAUAUAUUAGUGGUUUUAGGAAAUGUAUUAUUUAUUAUAAUUCUUGUGUUUUUGGAUUAAUAAAAUAUUAUGUAAGCAUAACAUUUUUACACUAUAUGUCGCCGUGUUGUGUAAUUAUAUCCGAAACUUACAUAUCUAUUUCUAGAGCCUCGAUGGAGUAGUUAGAAAUGCGUUAGCACUGAGAUUGGAAGGUUGCGGGUUCAAUUCCCGGGCGAUUCAUAUUUUUUUUAUUUUUGGUUGUUUUAAUAAAAAAUUUUUGAAAGUGGUAGAUAAGAAAGUUAGUUUGAUUUUUAAAUAAAAUACAAAUAAUAACCUUUUAAGUAUAUUUACUUCGUUUAAAUUACCUAUUAUAUAAUAGAAGAAUAUCUUCUUACGUGCGUACAUAGUACACACACAUUCUUUUUUUAUAGGCGUUCAACCAAGUACUUAUAAUAUAUCGUGCUCGUAAAAGAUGUUGGUAUAGCUCAGAUUGAGAUGGUGGUUUUUAAGUUAUUUAUGAAAAACCACUUUACACCAUGCAUUUUUUCACGAAAAAUUCAAAUCUUUGAUCUCUAAUAACUCCAAAAUUAUUGAUUUAUUUUAAUAACAUGAUAUAACAAAUUUUACUUAAAAUUUGUCCCUCUGUCGAUGUAUGAGGUUAUUUUUAAUAAAAUAGUUUUCACCCCCCGAGAAGGGGUGGUAUCCACCCCCAGGGUAAAAGUACAAGUUCGCACCAAAUCAGUUUUGUUUCUUGAGGUAUGCUCUAACUAGUCACCAAUUUUCAUGCAAAUCGAUGGAGGUGAAAACAUUUAAUGACUGAGCUAACUUUCCCCUUUCAUCCCUUAUUGCUACUUCCUGUAUCCACUGAGGUGUCAGCCUGAAAGGGGUCAUAAUUAUCAAUAUACAAUAGACACAUUUCACAUGCCAAACUCCAUAUUACUUAUGACGAUGAUUUUUCGGCUCUAGCUCUUAGACUAUUAUGUUAAAAUGUUUUGCUGUCUCUGGUAGUGCCCAGUUAUCUUUUAAUUUGGUUACAAUUCUUGCUUUAAUAUAAAUAUUGUUGAGUUAAGUCGUUUGUUUUAUUCCUUAAUAAUAAUAAAAAUGAUAACAACAACCCUAUUUUAUGUAAAAAACUAUCAUUUAUGUACUCUUUAUAAAAUGUAUUAGUGUAUAUUGGGUUCUACAUCGUAUAAAAUUAAGAAAAAAAAAAUUGCCCAAAAAAAUUUAAAAAAAUUUCGGGGGGCAAGCCCCUUUUUCACUUAGGUAGACCGUACCACUUCAGAAACCAUCCCGGGUUUAUGCACAACAACUUUGAUCAAGGUCACCAUACGAUCAAAUGCAUAGUUUGCGAGUCUAUACGGAACAUACAUACAUACAAACAUUCAUUUUUAUUUAUAUAGAUGUCAGACCAGUCAAAUACACUGCUCAAGAUAAUUAAAUCUUACUAAGUGUCGUAUCAGUUUUUUUAGGAACCAGCUGUACAUCUCUUGAGUCAGCUUCACAACAGUACUGAUACGUAAAGCCAAGUUUUUUGGUGGAAAAAGUGUUCUGUACGGUCUACGCAGAAACCACUAUAUUUUAAGUAAAAUAGACGUGUGUACAUACUAAAUAUAGUCGUCUUUAAAAUAUUGUGGUUUUGUAAAGGUUAUGAGACUCAUUACUUCGCUGAGGCGUAGGGUUGCAAGACAUUUGAGACGAAAUUGUGUAUAUACCUAUGGUUUAAAAGUCUCUUCCGAUAGAAUAGUCGCAAACUUUAUAUGGUCGGUAAAUAUGGCAUCUACAGCAUCAUUGGGGCAGUUGAGUUUUAGCCUAUAUCAGAACCGUUGCAAAUAAUAAUAAAUAUAAGUUCAGGUAUGAAAUUUGUCAACAAAAAGUGUGCUAAUUUAAAUUUCUCAGCAUUAGCAUAAUGCUAUUAUGUGUAUCUAGGCAGCGUUUCUCAACCUUUUACCCUUUGCCACCCCCUAUUUUCACCGCGCCCCCCCUCGUUCAAUAAUUUUGACAAAAAACAGUAAAAUCUUACUUUUUAGUAUUGAGUGCUCUUUAUGAUUAUAACUCCUAUUCAUUGUUCAUGUGUAUUUUAUUUUGUCAGAAUUUUGUUUUGCUUUGAUUUUAGUAAAUUAGUUAAUGAUG